AUGAUGGGUAUAGGUGUUGCAGCGAAUGUUGCAGCACCUGUUCGAGCUGUUCUGAAAGCUGUUCCGGAGGCGGGAUCUCAUCGCCUACGAUCUGUACUCAAUCGUGUACGGAAUCCACGUGCGAUUGCUCAUGCUGCUCCUCAACCUCUCACGAGUCCUGUACCGUCACUUGUCCCACCUGUUACUCCGUCUUACUUGGACUGUCGUACAUUCCUUACGGUACCUCCGGAUUCAGAAAUGUUUCCUUUACACAAAACUUCUCAAAAGAUCAUGCAAAGGCUGAAGAUUUCAAAAACAGAUAUGCCGUUGGUACAUCACAUGUCUGUUAUUAUAACAGGAAGAAUCUAG